AAAUAAUCCUCCCUUUUCGCCUUUUCAAAGUUGAAGAGAAAUUUUCCCCAAAGAAAAACAAAAGGAUUUUUCCUCUCUUCCAUAACCAUAAUAAUAAUAAUAAUAAAAAAUCCCAACCUUAGAAGUUUUGAAUUUUAAUCGUUGUUGUUCUUCGCUUCCAUCGGAUCUAAUUCGGUGAAAUGACGACGCAGCGGUCCGGCGACGAUGGAGUGCCAUACGUCUUCAUCGCCUUAUUAGUCGUCUGCUCCGUGAUCGCGGCGGGGAACUGCCAGAACCUGGACGAAUUGAUGCAGAGCUACGGGAACGCGAUUUCCAAGUCGAUGAACGAGAGCGGGGACUCGUCGGAGGCGCUGCGCAGCGGGAUUGCGCUGCUGUCGCACCCGGGGAAGGCCAAGUGCAUUCAGAAGCUGUCGCCGUGCAAGGAGUUCCUGCAUUUCCAAGGGACGCCGCCUUCCUCCUGCUGCGAUCCGCUCACCCAGAUUGUGACCAACGCCACCGAAGACUGCGUCUGCAUCUUCAACAGCCAAGAUUUGCUCAAUAGCGUUAACAUCACGAAGAAGGACGCGCUAACCCUCGCCGGCGCGUGCGGCGCCAAGCCUGAUUUGUCCGGCUGCAAGAACGAUUCCGCGAGUGCACCAAGUGGGUCUGCUAGUACUACUGCCACCAUCUCAUUGCCUCCAAUUUCAUUAGAGAGUUCUAGCGGUAGCGGUCAUGAUACCCCGGCUGAUAGCUCUUCAUCUUCAAGUGAUGACAAGCAAGAAUCAAGUGCCGCGGCUUCUUUUGGCGGGAAGAAAUCUCAUUGGAGAGGGCUUGUCUUGACUUUCGCCGCGCUAUUGGGCCUGAAACUUGUAACUCUAAAUUAAUAUCUUAGGCCCAUCCAAUACAAGGUGACAAGAAAAAGGGGGCACCGGUGGUAAUAUUUCUUAGGCCCAUCAAAUGUACGUUGUAAUUACAUAAGUGCAAUCGCGAAUUAAUCUUUGAUCCUACUUUGGGAGUUGAUGAUUUGUUCGAUCUUGUGGUGUGGUUCUGCGAUUACCCAGUUUGUUGAAGUAACCACCAUCCUCCCAGAAUUUGUGAUAUUUUAGUUAUAAUUUAUUAGUUGGUUAGUUAGUUAUCAUAAGCUUGUUUCGUCAUCUAACUGUCUUGAUUCUCAUCAUGGAUAUUGUAAUUAAGUUUUCAAUUGGUCGUUCAUGAGAAUGUUAAGUGUAU